CAUCCUCUCCUUUCCUUCCCCAAACUAUCAACACCAUUUCCUCAUCCAUAAUCUUCUUUUUUUCAUCCUUAAUUCAACACCCAAUUGAUUCUUUCCAUUCUGGGUUUUGUUUCUUCUUCAAAUUUAACAGAAAAAAAGGGAAAAUCUAACAAGGAAAUGGUGAUUACACGAGGUAAAAACAUGUUAGGAAGGAAGGGGGGUGUUUUCAGGAUGAUAGUUUGAUUUCGUUCUUGGAGGAUUUCAAGGAAAAAAGACUUGUCUCCUCCAUGGAAGCUGUGAUGACAUGUAAAAAACUCCACAUUCUGAUCAAACCUUUCUCAUCAUCAAGAAAUCUUGGCAAUGUUGAUGCUUAUUUCGAAUGCCGAUCUCGAUUGGACACGCGAUCGGCAUUCGAUUCGUAUUCAAUUGCUUCGGAGGCUUUCUCUGAGACCCAUCGUGGAUUUGGGUCUCUAUGAUUGCUAGGUUAUAAUCUUCCAAACCAACGAAACGACAUCGCCCUCUUCUUCUUCUUCUUCUUCUUCUUCUUCUUCUACCUCUACCUCUUUCAUGAUCAUGAACUCCGGUGGUGGGUUGGUUUCUGGUUCGUCGGAUUCCGGCCGUGGAUUUCUGGUUCCUGGGAAAAUGGAGACUUGUAUAUAUAACAAUGGGUUGAUUGAAGCUGGAGCUGCUAUGGAGGUUGAUUAUGUCGAAAAGGACCCAAGAGGCAGAUAUAUUAGGGUAUUUCUGUACUGAAAUUUCCAUUGAUUAUGAUCAAUACCCUGAAAUUUUGGGCAAAGGGACAUUCAAGAAAGUCUAUAAAGCAUUCGAUCGACUUGAUGGAAUCGAAGUAGCGUGGAAUCGGGUGAGGAUCGAUGACGUGCUGCAGUCUUCCGAUGAUUUCGGGAAGUUGUACUCAGAAGUUCUUCUUCUUAGAUCAUUGAAACACGAUAACGUCAUCAAGUUUUUUGAUUCUUGGAUUGAUAUCAAGAAGAAGACUUUAAAUAUGAUCACAGAGCUCUUCACAUCAGGAAGCCUGCGACAAUACCGUACGAAGCAUAAAUGUGUGGAUAUGAAAGCAAUUAAGAACUGGGCAAGACAAAUUCUCCAUGGUCUUGACUACCUUCACAGUCAGAACCCUCCUGUUAUUCAUCGCGACAUAAAAUGUGACAACAUAUUCGUUAACGGAAACCAUGGCGAACUCAAGAUCGGAGACCUUGGAUUGGCAACGGUUUUGCGACAGCCGAAAGCUAAGACUUUCAUCGGAACCCCUGAAUUCAUGGCACCAGAGCUGUAUGAAGAGGAAUAUAAUGAACUUGCUGAUAUAUAUUCAUUUGGGAUGUGUAUGCUGGAAAUGGUAACUUUUGAGUACCCUUACAGUGAAUGCAAGAAUCCAGCUCAGAUCUACAAGAAAGUUACUGCUGGCAUUAAACCUGCUUCUCUUCAGAAAGUGAGUGAUCCUGAAGUUAGGGAGUUCAUAGAGAAAUGUUUGGUUCCAGCAAAGCAAAGGUUGUCUGCUAUGGAACUUCUAAAAGAUCCGUUUCUCGACUGUGAGAAUCCGAAAAAUCCAACCCAGGUUCCUAGAGCGUUAAGCCGAUUGAACGAGUCGGUCGACACCAGCAACGGUGGAGAUCAUCCGGUCGUUGAACUUCAUAGGAAGCAUCAAGAAAACGAGUUCAGUUUGCAAGGCACCAAGAACGACAACAACUCGGUUUCUUUGACCAUGCGUAUUGCUGACCCAAGUCAGGCGAGGAAUAUACAUUUCACAUUUUACCCGGAUAGGGACACCGCGCCGUCCGUUGCAAAUGAGAUGGUUGAACAACUGGAUUUAGUGGAGCAUGAUGCGACUUUUAUUGCCGAGUUCAUUAACAACUUGAUCUCGAAGAUUAUACCGGGCUGGAAACCUUCAUCAGCAUAUUGUUCGCAUGAAGGGACAAAGACACAUGGUACCCCUUCAUCCAAGCAACCUUCAUCGGGUUGCUUAUCAGAUGGAGGGACAAAUACACAUGACAGCCCGAAAUCAAAUACGGACCCCCCUGAACCAACGAACAUGCCUAAGCAGAGUGUGUCCGAGCAUGGAUCUCUGAUCAGUAAAGAUUCAGAAGUUUCACUUGAGUCGGAGCCGGGAAGCUUUAUUGGUUCAGGGUCUAGUUUUGCGGAUCUGAAUAUUGGGAUCUCGAAAUCGAGGGGGUUAUCGAGCAACGGUUCAUUUCUUUCAUUAUGUGAAUGCGGCGAUAAGGUUAAAGCAAGGAUAGAAUUAGAAGCAAUUGAAACAAGAUAUAAACAAUGGUGCCAAGAGAUGAAAAGGGUGAGGGAAAAGGGAGUUGAAGCCACAAGAAAGAGAUGCAUAACGACUUCAUGAGAAGAGAAAGAUAAAAAGACAACUUUGUUUCUAUCUCGAAUAAUCACAAGUGUAAACAUAUGGAGUCUGCUCGAAUGAUGUAUCAAAGCGAUUUGAAUGCAUAUAAACAUUAAUUGGAUCUCGACUUAUU